AGGGCUCCCAGCUCUGAGCUGGCAAGCAGGAGGUAGUCCCUACGCCCUGCCCAGCCUCAGUUUCCCCAGCCACCGUCCCACGUGAUUUCUAAGGGCUCUUCCGGCUAGGAAAGAAAACAAGCAACAACCAGGCCGCCUUGUCUCCGCGGCAGUCAGCGCUGGGGAAGUGCGCGGCCACUCCGGCAUGAAGUCAUGUCCCCAGCAGUUGAGCCACCUUCCUCUGCACAGAAGCCUCAAGAUUUAUUUCCAUCUUACCUCGAAGUCCUGGUUUGUAGCCUUGCACCGCCUUGUCCGUUUGUUGAAGGAGAAAUAACCAGGGUCGUUUGGCUGUUCCUUGGCAAUGACCUCGUACUCUAAAAUAAACAGCUAUGACCUGAAGAGAGGGGGAAGGAGAGACAGAAUAUUUUCCAAACAUCAGAGUGUGAGGACAGAACUCCUACCAGGACUGGGACUCAGCCGAGCAGGGGUUUGGAAGCCCGGCUGCAGCUACCUGUUGCUGAGGAUAUUCCAGCUUUUCCACACAUGGACCCUGAUGGCCACCAAAAUGAUCCUGGUCUUUGCAAACAGCCAACGGGAAGACUGAGUGGAUGCGUUGUUCCUGGCGGGAAAAGUCCUUUUCUUCGUGUGUAAAGAUGGUGGGGUCGACAGGCCACCCCUGGACACUGUGGUUUCAGGGUCCUGAACGCAAUUGCCUGUUCAGAGCCCUUGGCGAUCAGUUGGAGGGACACUCGCGAAAUCACCUCAAGCACCGACAGGAGACGGUGGACUACAUGGUAAAGCAGCGGGAAGAUUUCGAGCCCUUUGUAGAAGAUGACAUUCCCUUCGAGAAACACGUGGCCAGUUUGGCAAAGCCUGGUACAUUUGCUGGCAAUGAUGCAAUUGUGGCCUUUGCAAGAAAUCAUCAGUUGAAUGUGGUGAUUCAUCAACUUAAUGCCCCGUUGUGGCAGAUUCGCGGCACGGAUAAGAGCAGCGUGCGGGAGUUGCACAUCGCCUACCGGUACGGAGAGCACUACGACAGCGUCCGGAGGAUCAAUGACAACUCCGAGGCUCCCGCCCAUCUCCAGACGGAUUUUCAGAUACUUCAUCAAGAUGAAUCAAACAAAAGAGAAAAGAUCAAGACAAAGGGGAUCGACUUGGACGACGACCUGCAGGAUGAAGUGGAGGAUGCUGUCCAGAAAGUGUGCAGUGCAACCGGCUGCUCAGAUUUUAAUUUGAUAGUCCAGAACCUGGAAGCUGAAAAUUAUAAUAUUGAAUCCGCAAUAAUUGCCAUGCUUCAGAUGAACCAGGGGAAGAGAAAUAAUGCAGAGGAGAACCUUGAGUCCAGUGGCCGAGUGCCGAAGCAGAGUGGUCCUUUAUGGGAGGCGGGUGGCAGUGGCACCAGGAUCUUUGGAAAUCAGGGCUUAAAUGAAGGCAGGACUGACAACAAUAAGGUGCGGGCCAGCCCUAGUGAAGAGAACAGAGCAAAUAAAAACCAGCUCCCAAAGGUCUCCAGUCGGCAGCGGAGAGAGCAGCAGCGUCUGGAGAAGAAGAAGCGACAGGAGGAGAGGCACCGUCACAAAGCCCUGGAGGGCAGGGGUGGCCAUAGGGACAGUAACAGGAGCGAGGCGGAGGCAAGUGCGCAGGUCACCUUGGUGAAGACCUUCGCCGCGCUCAACAUCUGACUCACCCCGGCCGGCCGGGCGUUGGGAGAAGUGAUGGAAGGCACCUGAGGGCACCAGACUCCCUGGGGAGGCCGUGUCCCUGCGACAGCCCGAAGAACCGCACGGGGGCCUGCGCCCCGAGUUGGUGUCCGUGCGCUGCCCGUUUCGUUCGGGUUUCAUUAGUGACGUGUGUAAUUUAACGGAAGUCCAGUGAAGCCGUUCGUGUUCUGUUCUUAAAAUGUUGAGUUUUAGGGUGGGUUGCUAGAUCAGGAAAAACCUUGUGGGUGUGACUCCAUUUGCUCUGAAAAUGCUGGAAACCAGAGUUCAGUGACCCUGGGAUCUUUCCUUCAGCUUUGGGGUGAGUUUUGCUGUAAUUGUUCGUGAAGUAGUUUAGACGAAUUGUAGGAAAUUCAGAAUGACAAGUUCCUUUUGUUUCUCUUUCAGUUUUGGACAGAUAUAUUAACAUACAGGAUCGUCUGUACCAUCUCCAACUCAGGAACAUGUCUAGGUUUACUUUUCUUUUAACCCACAUUAGUCAGAAAACACUUCCAAGAUGUGCUCUGCUCUCCCCAGGUUCCGGGAGCCAGGGCGUGGCCUGCGGCCCGGACGGGACUCACACCAGGUGUCUGUCCUUCCCGACUCCGCAGGUGCGGUGGUUCGUUCACACUGCAGCCACGCGAGUCAUGCGCCUGCCCGAGUCAUGCGCCUGCCCGUCGGAGAGGCCCGGGCUCUGCAGGGAAGGCGCGGUGUUGUUGAGACUUGGUGCUCGUGCCAGGGCGGCGGCCCGCUGCUGCUUCUGGUGGAGUUGGGUUCUGGCAGCGUGGAAGGCUGAGUGGGGCAGGUCGAGGCUACUCUCGAGUGUUUGCCUAGGAAGAGGCUCAAGAGUUACCUGGUUUUGUAGGGAGAAUAUCUGGAAGAAUAUCUAAGGUUGUUCAUCUUCACAUUGUAACUAUUUUCUUCCCCAUUUUUCUAGACUUAGAUGCCUUCAGAGAAAUAAAAGGUAACUUGACCUGUUGCUAAGUUUUUGUGUGUGUUGUGAAAGUGAACCGUAAAGUGCUGCCUUUGUUUCUGUUUAAGCUCUGUCUGGGCUUCUGAUGUUGGGAAAGCUCCCUAGGGCCACAUCAACGUGUCGGGGAGUUAGGGCGGACCCGCAGGGCAGAGAACGUGCCCGGCAGGGUGCAGUUCUGCGGCAGGGAUCUGGGCGGUGGCGGUCUGUCGUUCCUAAGAGGAGUUAGGUGGAUGUGGCCCCGAAAACUGGAAUGUCUGAAGUGGCCAGUCUUGCAUAGUCUGUACCUUUUGGGGACCCAGUACUUAGGUAAGAUACGCUGAUGAAAAGGUAAAUGUUGCCUUCGCCUCCUCGGGUUUCAGAGUUGGGCGAAGGGGAGCCGAGAAGGUGUUGAUGUCGCGGCGGGCUGCGUCUGGGCCGCCCGGGUUCGUCGGCCUGGCUGCCAGUAGGCGGUUUGCUUUCUUUGGUUUAAUGAUGUGUUUUACUUUUUUUUCUUUGGUGCCUUUUUGGAGUUGGAGUAUCAGUCGCCUCUAGGAGUCGCUCCCAGGACAUUGUAGUUUGGGCAUCUUCUGGCACAACACACUGUGCCGUCGGCAGGUCGGGGAACUGCAGAGCGUUCUCUCCUCGCAGUUUGCGGAGUCCGGACUUUGAGAGGCGCUAGGGCUCGGUGCAGACAGGUGCAGGGUCUCCAGCGCCUCACUGUCUCCACGGGGGCGGGGAGCGUGCGGGAGGCCGGAUCCUCCCCGAAGACCAAGAUGGUGUGCCAGGAAUUCAGGAGAAUUUGGAGUCAGAAGGAGCUUAAGGGAGACCCAUUGUCAGAAGUGGCGGAAUCACUUUAUUUGCUUCGUUAGUGAAGGUGGCCUUGGCCCUAGCAGGUUUUAGAAGUUGUAGAAGCUGCUAAACAGUUAAUAAAGAAUAUUGGGCACAUUUAUUUAUAUACAUUAUCUAAAUCUGGUAACAGGCUCCAACAUUUCUGGGGUAAAUAGCAGUGGGUUUUAACAACUAAUCAACUGGUUGCAGUAAUGUUCUCUCAUUACUGUUUUGUAGUUUUCUGGCUGUCCCCGGUCCGUGUUGAGUACGUUAACCAUCAAGGAUCUGUACGUGUCUGUCCCCCUUCAGCUAUGUCUUCCAGCUAAGGGUUCGAAUAUAGACUUCCCCGCCUCAGUUUCCCUGAAGAGUGAGGUGGGUGGAGUCUGUACUCAGUUGCCUUCAGAGUCACUUGAAAACCACCUCACGGGCAGCGGAAGGGAGGCUGUGCGGCCGUCAGUGAGGCGCCCCCGGGAGAGCUGCCUGCGUGGGCUCCCGUCAGGAAGUGGGUCUCUCCUAACCUCUGUUCCGUCUGGGCUGCUACGCGGGGCUUCCCAGCAGCCUUCAGUGAGGCUAGGAGAAGGGGCGGGGCGGCGAGCCCUAGCUGCUUAGUAGACUUAGAAACUGUACAUAAGGUUUUAUGAAUCAAAAAAAGAUUUUUUUAAAAAGUCAAAACAAGAAACAAAGUUGUAGUGGCAACAGCGCUGUACUGUGGAGGUGGGUGAAUUAGAACAACGUGGAACCGCAGCCUCCAGGCAGCGGCGGUGCCACCAGGAGGCAGUAGAGAGAGUGCGCACCUCUGACUUCUCCAUACGUCGGACACGUGCUUUCGGCACCGGUGAGCGGGAGGGGACCUUCGGUGUCGGCCGAGGUUGUCCGUAGUUUCUUUUUAAGCUCUGAAGACACCUCCAAACCCGUCUCGGAUCUGAGGCCUUGCAAAGUGGGAUCUCCCUCGUGGGGCGCUUGGUGCUGGGCUUCGAGGGAGCCUUUGCGUGGUGGGUAGUUUAAAAUGCCCCAUUUCCCUAGGGAGCCUUACAGCGUGAACCGGUACGGUCGGGGCGGGCGGGGCCGGGCCCCGCGGGAGAGCUGCUCAUGCAGGAAGCAGGGGUCAGACGGACUCUGGCAUCGGACCGCACUCCAGUGGGUCCCUGUCGUCCACCUGCAGUUGCUCUCUUUUGGAGAAACUCGAGACUCCGUCUGGGUUUUUCUGGGCGGACACAGGAUGCGAUCAGUUACCUCUGUGCAGUGUGCAGCCCGGACAUUCAGUCGGCGAAAGGAAACUGGACUCCCUGUAAGGGCUGGCGCGGUCACGCGGGGCCUGGGGGCGGAUGGGGAGGGGGCCUCUCUGGCCCCUACCCUGGGUGGGUGCACAGCUCGGUGCCUUCGUCACCUUGGGCCUCUGAAGCAGACCUUCAGGCCCAGGGCCCGGUGCGGCCUUUCUGUUCAUCAGUCUCGGACCCGCCGACCCGCCGACCCGCCGACCCGGCCGUCUUGGCUUUCCGAACAGGCUUGGCUGAAACCUGGGCCUCCCGUCCGAGGUCCCGGGUCAUGAGGGGGUGGUGCUGCUUCCGAGGUGUGUUUUCCAGUGGAUCGUGUUUUUCCCCUGAUGUUGAGUUGGAGAUCCAGAUGGCAUUUUUAAGUUAGAGCAGGUCCCCCACCAUCUCCUCUUGGAGGAGGCGAAGUGGAGAUAGCGCCAGUCACAGUGCAGCGCCGGAGCCUGGCUCGUGGUCUGUCCCAGGGUGCCGUCCCUGGAGAGCCCUUAGGCUCUCACCCAUUCUCCCCAAGGGGUUGCUUUCUAGAGUCUCGCUGUCCCCCCACUAAAGUACUCUGUAGCACCCUCGCAGGGAAACUGGGGAAGACGGCGGUGCCGGCAAAGACUGCACUUCAGGAAAAGCACGGCUUCUGCACGGUGACUGCAUUUAAGCAGGACACACCCAGCGCACAGAGCUGCUUCCGCUCACCGGGCCGGCAGUCGGGGAAGCCGUGAUCUCUGAACAGAACCUCCGGGCCCUGCCCAGCCCUCUGCACGUCUGCGUCCAGCGGGCGCCGCUGCCAGCCGUCCACGGCCAGUCACAGGCCUCAGCCUGGCGGGUCCCUCGACCAAAACUUGAGGAGCACUGGUGUGGGGCUCCUCACGCCUUCCCACCCUCCUUGUCCAUUUCCCCUAGAUGCUACCCUUCCAGCAUCUUCCACCAGCACUGAGCUCAGGGAGAAGAAAAGAGCCAGGACUUCAAACCUCCGUGUUCCUCUUCCUGAGGCCGACGUGUGGGGGGCGUCAGGCCCCUUCGUGGAGGGGGGCGUGCGUGUCUGUGGGCAGUGCGGGCCUCGCAGGCUCAGGAACUUUCUCUCUUUUCUAAUUGCACUAUACUUGUUCUCGCUUCAGUCUGGAGAUAAAUGUAAGACCUCCGUGGGGUCAUGGCCCACGGACCCGGCAAGCCUUACCCCUGGAGCUCGACGGGAGAAGCGGGGCCGUUGCCUGGUGCCCACAGUCCAUUUCCUCUAGGCUGUUUGCUGCUUCCCACAGCCUGUGUUAGUCCGAACCGUUUCGUUUUUUAUUUACCAAAGUACUGUACUUGGCUAUUUGCAGUGUUUUCAAAACCAAAUGUUUCUUUCAUUGUGUUUUCAAUCUUCAAUACUUGGUGCAAUAGAUGCUGCAAAGAUGUGCCACUUUAUCUAUGGAAAAUUCACUGCACACCAAUAAACUCUAGAUUA